AUGGCGGACACUCCGCGUGAGCCCGUCAUCGCCUCCAGCAACCGUGCUAGCGAUGUCGAGCCAUACGCUAAGCGGCUCAUCGCCGACGAUCCACAGCUGUGGGGACAGGUCUUGCCAUGGGAGUUCCCACAGGUUGGCACCAAGGAGCAAGAAGAAGAAUUCAUCCGCCGCUUCUUCACCGAGCGCGAGAUCCGCAUGCAGGGUGGCUCGCCCAAUGGCUUCCGUUUCCUCAAGCAGGUAUACUACUGGGCCGCCGUUUGGAACAUUAACUGCCGCCUUCCUCUGGUAGUCCACUGGUGGUUCGACAACAACAAGGGCUUGUUGGACGAUCCGGCCAUGAAGAGCCACUUGCUCCAUCCCAAUGUGAAGCCUUCUACUUUCUUUGAGGAGGCGCAGCUGGAGUUGUACGGCGAGAAGUUCCUCGAGAUCGUGGUCAAGCAGAUUCAGUUCCAGAUCGACCCGUCUUGCAACAAUGUGCCACCAGAGAAGCCACUCUACGCCCCGACCAAAGAAGAGCCGAUGCCCUCCGCAGCUGAGGAGAAGUCAGAUGGCACUACGACCACGGAUGAGCCAGCGUCUGUCGCCGUCGAACAGGAGACGGCACCAGCUCCUUUCGAACAGAAGCCAAGCGAGGUCAAAGACGGCGAGAAGCCAGCAUCAAUUGCUGCUGAAGAGACGCCGGUCCUUGCCACCGAUAAGGAGAGUGCACCAGCACAUUCCGUCGCCAUCGACAUCAAGACUCGACCAUCCAAGCUUGCUGCGCAAUCGCCUAGCUUUCAACCAGAGCACAUAGAUGCAACUCCAUCAAGCGCCCCUGCGCACGCAACACAGACUCCAAAGUCAUGGGAUACCGCGCCUCCGCCCGGUUUGGGACAGACCGGGCGAUCGAAUCACCGCAGCUUCAGCGGCGAUGCAUAUACUCCGUCCCAGCGCGAUUUACCUUUGCGUGGGCGACGUGGCUCCGGUGGCUUCAACAACAAGCGUAAUAGCUUCAGCGGGCCCCGUCAAUCUCAGCGGCCAACGCACAACAACGAGGCACCGUUCCCGCUUCCGCCAUCGGCUUACUUCAUGCCGGCUGCUCAGUAUCCCGGUGUGGGUACGAUGACAGCUCCACAGGGUCGUAUACCAUCAGGAGGUCCCUACGAUAGAGCCCUUGAGCCAAUGCCAGUGCUUCCACAGGGGCAACUGUACAAUCCUCAUGCUCCACCUCAUGCCCAGCAACCGACUCAGCAAUUUCCACCGCAUUGCGGCCCACAUCUUCCCAAUGAGCCUGUACCACAUAUGAUGGGCAAUUCACCCUAUCCUCCAGUGUUUCAUCCUGCCGCCGCUGACUUUGUGCCUGCUUUAUAUGAGCGAGGCAACCUUGGGAACGAACAACACUUCAGCAGUGGUCCUGGGCACGGAGGCUUUGAAAGCAAUACUGGACGACUUUCGAAGCGCCGUGACAGCAUUGGCUCUCGAGGAGGUCACGGGCGCGGCUACAAGGGUAGCAUAGGUCGUGGCAGAGGCAGCAAGGGCAAGAACAAUUUCGUACAACCGCACAUGAAUAGCGGUCACAUGCCUGGACCAGACCAGCGCUCUGUCUUCAAUAACGAGAAUAGCUACGGCAUGGAGCACUGGCGACCAUAUGGGGCAGACGAGAACGCUGUGCCACGUCAACCCAUGCGCAACGACGGCAGUUUCCGAUUGCUAGACCAUGCUGCUGCGAGCCCGUAUGCUCCUCCUGGCAUUCUGUCAACCUAUCUGUCGCGUCGCUCCUCAGGCGUGCAAAACUUCGGAUCUGCACACCACGGGAAGAAGCCACAAUACGUACCAUUGUGCUCUUACAAGUGUGAAAAGCAAUACAUUGACCCGAGAUGCACUGAAGCACGCAAGCUCAUUAUCUUUUCUGUGCAGCCAGGAACGAAUCAAGACCAAAUCGUGGAAUUCAUUGCGCGAUUUGGGGCAUUGCAGAAUGUCUCCAUACAGCACCAACGUGCUGCCUAUGGCAAGACUCUGCAAGACAGGGCCAUGGCACAUGUCACUUUCGAAAAUGUUGAUGGAGCGCGCAAUUGUCUGCAGGCUAACGGAAUGCCGUGGCCAUUGGGAGCACCUGGAGAUGGCGACUUGCGCGUCGAAGUAGCGAUGGCACAUGUUGAUCGUCAUCACUUCUCUCAUGCUGGACGAGCGGAUUCUCGAAUGGUUCAGUUGCAACCCGCUCCUCCCCCUCAGGAGGCCAAGGGAACUGUGAUUUCAGAAGGCGGAGAAGCAUUCGACCCAGACUCACUUCCAGCCAAGGCAUCCGCCUCAGCUCAAGCCUCCAGCCAGGGCCACGGCCAGCAGGAGCCGACUGCUGAAGUUUCUACCCCAACCGCUUCGGCUCGCUCGUCUCCCAAGAGGAAGACGAAGUCUAAGAACAGCAAGGCGAAGAAGAAAUCCCCGCGUCAUGAAAAACCCGAGGAGAAGCAAGAGACUGGCGACCAUUCAGCAGCAGAGCGCCAAGACAGCGUCGUUGUACAAUCAGCGGGAAAGCCUGACAAGACCGAUACUCAAGCCGCCUCAAAUGAAAUUUCAGAUGGGCAGGCUGACUUGCAAGCUACUGCAGUGCCAUGUGCCGUGUCCGACGAAGGUUCAGCCGACGAGAAAUUUAUCACGAUCGAUGGCGAGACUUGGCGAUCUGAUGCCCCCCAGUCUGCAGUUGCGGUCGAUGGUGUCCACGAAGACGCUAAUGCGACUGCCAAGUCCUCGAGUCCAACGGCAGAACAGCCCCUUGCGGAUGCCUCGAAGCCAGAAGAGGAUCCGAAUGAAGAGAGCUUCCAUACCGCCAGCGACUCCCCUGGGAGGUCUACUGGAGAGAAGGAGGACGGCGGAUUGACCUCUAUGGCUUCGCAAGAACCAUCAUUGUCCCCUGAGGACAGCAAUGUACAGAUCCCCGACAAGAAGGAGGAGACUACACAAGCUGCUACCGCAUCAGAGCAUGAAACGAUUCCAGAAGUCGCUGAGCCCUCUGCCACCAGUAUCGACGCGGAGACGCCUCAGUCCCGGUCCCCAACCAGCAUUAAGGAUAUGAAGAAGGCGCCAAUUCCGCAGAUCUCGAAGACUCGCAAUGUCACUAUUGCUCUCCCACAAGUGAACAUCAGGGCUACCCCAACUGCAUCCAAAACAACCGAUGACGGCUCCCAAAAGGCCUCAGAGCAUCGCUCGUUAUCCGCAGGCUCCGAAGCUGCGCAUCCGAACUUUGUGACGGCGCCAAAUACUCCUGCUGUAUCUGGACCAGAUGCAGACCCUCGGGUGCCGCCAAAACCACAGCCACAAGUUCAGCCACUAAAGUCUGCGAAAUCAAAGGGUCCAGAACAGACAGAGUCAUUCAGCAUAUUUGGCAAGAAAGACAAGAAGUCAAAGGCACCGAAGUCGAAGAAGGGUUCAAUGAAGGGUAAGCCUCAGAUGGACGGGACUGCCAGUCCGAGUGUUGGAAGCAGAAACACCAGUCGCGCUGUGAGUGGAGUCAGCACGCCUGUGCCUGAGGAGUUCGUGUACGACAAGGCUUCCGGAAACCAUCUCGAGCAGAGCGGAACCGAUUUCGCCCUCGACUCCUCAAUGGAGGCCCAGAACAGUGCAGCCAUCCCAAAGGAGUUUGUCAAGUCAAAGGAGAAAGGAGAGGGACGUCCACGAGGCAGCACCAUUGGCAGUUUGAUCUCUGGCUUCUUAAGACGAGACAGCGGGCAGAACCCGAAGCCCGUCGCCCAGGGAAUCAAGGCUUCAGAGGUUGUGCCAGGAACCCAUGAUUCAGCCGUGAUUGAGAAUGAGCGCUCAGAGGCUGCAGCGCCAAAGGAUGUUUCGUCAGCGCUAGAGCCAACUGCAAAGGCCCACAAGCAGGAAGAGAAAUCUCCAAUCGCGCCAGAUGCUAUGAGCGACGAGGACUUGGCGGCCGCUGAUUCAGCCUCUUACCAAGACCAGGAUGAGACGCGGCUUUCCCAGCAAGAAGCGCUCGGGCCAGCUGGUUUAGGCAUCCUUACAGAUGCAGACGCACUGAACGGAGACAAGUCCAGGAAGAAAAAGAGGAGUGUCAGGAAGAAGUCAAAGAGGUCUUCGGCCGACGUCACUGACAUUUCUUGCGCAGUGCAUGAUGCACACGUCGAUCGACCUGUCGGUACCCUUGAGGGCGACCGUGAAGCCGCUUCUAAAUCGCCCGAGAAGCCAGCAAGCUCUGAGACUGACAACUCUGAUGAUCGCGCCACUGACGGGGUCCUACCGCGUAGGAUUGAAUCCCCCCGGACUGCCACUGGCAGCAAGGGGUUCAACUCGACUAACGACUCGGAGCAGGCUGUGUCGGGUUUUGACCAUAUCGAAGGCGCGGCGUCCGAAGCGACGGACUCGCCGACCGAAACCCCAUCUCUGCUGCUUGUCCCCUACAUUCACAUCAGCCAGCAGCAAAGCCUUCGUCUCAACAUUGAAAACGCCCUUGAUCACUUGGUGAAGCCCACGAAGGUACUGGAGGAUGGAAAGCAAAACGACAUCAACGACAGGACGGUUCUCGAAGAACGAGCCAGUCCAGAGGUGGAGGAGCUGAGGAAGAAGGCGGAGGAUCUGCAUCGUCAAGAGAAGGCGAGGAGGGAAGCAGUAGCUGCUGCUGCUGCUGCGAAAGAGUCGAAGAAGUAG